AUGAAGGGCGAUCGAGGCGAAGCGGUCUCCCGUCGUAGCAGCGUCACGUCGAGUCGCCUACGCCGCCGCGGAUCUCAUCCGGACUCUUCUUCCUCUUCUCCCGCUAGACGGAAUGACAAGCCUAGGAAGACGGGAGAUAUGGAAGGCCAACAGGAAGCCGAUGGGGAAAGCGACGAAAGCAAUGAAGAUCGCCUGGUGCGGAGACUUCAUCCAGUGAGCAGAAGCGAAGAAGACGAGGAAGAAGCUGAAGCUAGCGCCGAGGAUGCGCAAGAGAGCUUCGAAGAAAGCGUAGACGAAGAUGCGAUGCCAGUGCAAGGUCAGCCAUCCUCCAAAGAACAAUCUGCCGCUCCGCUCAACCCUGAGGAGUCGGCGCAUACAACCCAUGUGUUCGGACAAUCGAUUCGGAAGAGGCGAGGUCACGUUCCAGCUCCUGUCGUUGUCAAGGACUUUGCGAAGCCCACUCUGGCUCUCCAAUCCCCUUCUUCUGGCGGCAAGCCUUCAACGGGUGUGCCCAUGGCGCGCACCGUCAGCUUCAGACCCGACGAGCCCAACGCUCGGCGAUUGGCCAGACCGGAACAAAGCACUGCCAUUUGGCCCGAUCAGGCAUCAGGCUCGACGCGGCAGACAGAAGAUGGUGAUGAUUGGGACGCGAGCUCUAUCAUGACUGCAACAACCGCAACCGAUGCCGACACGGAGGGAACGUCGGGUGCGGGUCGAGACUAUCGUGGGCGCUUCGCUCCCUUGCGCGUGCUUCGACGGCAUCGCGCCAAAGAGGAGGCGGAAGCAGAAGCGGAGCUGUCUUCGGAUGAAGAGAUGGAGAAGGAAGCUCGUCAAGUUCGAAUCUAUCGUAGAACACCAGUGGUCAGCGGGACCAUUGCGCCUUUCAGCAUCAUGCUCGAGAUUCCAGGCAUCACUUCUCGAUGGUAUGUUCGCACCGGUCCGGACAACAGACCCAUCGCCUAUCGCAACAAUCCCAUCAUUCUGGACGUAGGACUCGCCAUCUCUCUUGCCUGUGCCGUGGUAGCCAACUUUUGCAUCAUUGCGCGCUUCACCGAGAGGCUGUCUCCUCGAACAUCAACCCUCAUCGCUAUUCUAGGCUUUUGUUUGCACGACAUUGUCAAUUGUGUGGCGCUCAUCAUCUUUGGUGUGGUGCAUGCCGUUGACGAUGGUUUUACCUAUUCGGAAUCCUACUGGAUGACUGCUGCCGCUACUGCGGUCUCUAUGCUCUGCACAGUCAGCCUCAUUUGGGACUUUGCAUCCACCAAGAGGUUUCAACAUGCAGGAAGCGGCCUCACGCCCAAGCAAACCAAGCUCGUCCUCGUCAUCAUGUCCUUUUUGGUAUAUCUUUCCCUCUCCGCACUAAUCUUUGCACUCUUGCACUCGCCAAGCCUCAACUUCCUGGACAGCGUCUACUUUACCAUCGUCACUGUCAGUCUGCCGCACAAAAUUCGUAGCUUGACCUUUUGCUGACACGGGCUGUAUGCCGUAACAGUUUCUCUCCAUUGGUUUUGGCGACAUUGCACCUAAUGACGUCGCUAUGAGAAUCCUUUUCCUCUUUUUGAUGCCUCCUGGAAUAGUCCUGCUGGGUCUCGUGAUUGCAACAGCACGCGAGUCGAUCUUAGAGGAGUUUGAGCUGAGGUGGGUGCCGUCAGAUUGCCUCUUUGUAUGCUGUCAACAGCUUCGCUCACUUUCGGGCACCCAAAACAGCUACAAGAAACGACGAGCCCUGUUCAGACAGCGGCUAAAGGAGCGAUCUGAGGCUCGCAGACAUAAUCGAAGACUCACUCGAGCCGUUCGCAACAGCUUCGGGCGGGGCGGAGCCGCCGUGGCAGGCAGCGCCAGCAAAGCAAACAACGGCGCCGACGCCCUGCAUCCAGAGGACGCGAGUCUCAAGCACCUCCGCAACGGAGUGGCAGAACUCACUACCGCACAAAGCUUGGGCCCGACUGGCACGCACGAAUACUUGGAUUUCUCCCCGGGCGCAGAAGACCCAGAGCGAUCGCCCACCCAGAUUGCCCGAAUUCGGGAUGUGUCAGAAUGGCUGCGUGGCGGUGGCGGUAGCCCACACCGUAGUUUCUCCAUCGGCGCAAAGCGUGGCCAAGUUGGAAGCAAGUUGGAAGCAGCCAAGCACGACGCAAUUCGAGCUUCUCCGCCCGCUGGUGUCACGCCGUUGCAGGGUAUCGAGACGAGGGAAGAGAGCUCGCCGACGGUCCCUGUUGCGUGUGGAGCCUCGACAGAUGUGAGACCAGCGGAUGGAGACGAUGGUGGAGUAGUGACGGCCGAGCCGUCGCCGUCGCCUGUGCCGGCACUCAGCAGCUUGGCACAAGAGAUGGCCCAAAUGGAAGCUGCGCUGACCACGCAGAGGCAAGUGCUGGACAAAUCCUGGAAAUCAUUUCGUCAGCAACUCGACGCAUCGGAGCAGCGCCAAUUCUGGCUCAAGCUCGCUGGUAGUUUUCUGCUCUUUCUGGCUUUCUGGCUUGUUGGAGCCGCAGUCUUCUCCGCCACGGAAGGCUUCACCUUUUUCCAAGCGCUGUACUUUGCCCUCGUCGCUGCUUCGACCGUGGGCUACGGAGAUUUCUCUGUCAGCACGCCGGCGGGCAAAGCGUUCUUCAUCUGCUGGAGCUUGCUCGGAGUCGGAGUGCUGUCCAUCUUGUUUGCCGUCAUGUCCGAUGCCUGGGCUAGCAUGGCUGCUAAAAAUAGCGGCAAGCGGAAGACUCGUCGUGCUGGAGCGCGAAUCUCGGCAGCCAUUCGCAGCUCGCUUCAUCUUCGCGGAAGGAAGCCCACAGAUGCGAACGAGGCGUGUGCAGAGGGCGAAACAGCGACGCGUGGUGUCGGCGACGUAAAGACGGCUGUGCCCGGCAGCCCUUCGGCGGCCGCUGCGGAGAAUGACGCUCAAGAAGUCACCCUCGAGAAGAAAAUGAGCAUCGACGAGUCUGCUUACAAAAAUCCUGCAGACAAUGCAACUGCCACAGAAAGUGUUGGAAUGGAGGCCUUGACGCCAGUCGCAACACGAACGACCCUCAAUUCUGACUUGGUCCAGGCUUCUCCGAGCAGGUACAGAGGCGGAGGCUUCUUGAGGCGCGCCUUGACUCGAGAUUCGACAUGGCGCAUGGAGUCACCGAGACGUUCCGUGUCCUUGUUACCUACUCAAAGCGCGGCAUUUCUGGGCUCUGCAGAGGGAGUCGACUCCGGUGACGGAGAUGCUGCGCCAAGGGAAACAAUUGGAGAUUCCAAUUCGCUCGAACCAAAGGCGAUGGCUGCCUCUCUUGCACCUCACGAGCUUCCUGUGCACUUUGCGCGUCACGCCUUGUCCUUUCACAAACACGGCUUUGCCAUGAUGCACACACAGCGAGCGCAAAUCGCACACGCUAUCCGUCAUCUUCCAGCUAUGGCUCGCGUAGAGCAUCGCUUGAGACGCCAGCGGACGCUGGAUCCGCGCCACACUACAAAGAUCAGCAAGGCGGACGAGCAGGAGAUCCUGCAGGCUGCUCAAGAAAGCUCCGAGCCUGGAUUGGAAAUCGCCGUGCGACAGUGGAUUGAAAUGAUGUCGAUCGAAGGUGAGAGCGGAGCAGACGUUUGGUGAUGUUGCAUGGCAUGUGCUGACGUGGUUCAAAUCCGCACAUCCCAGACCUUUUGCAUCAGAUCUUUGCGGUGUCGUCCACCAUGUCGGAAUCGCUCGCCGAAAUGGAUUCGCUUCGCGCCGAGGUCGCGCAGUUGAAGGCUGCCAAGGCCGAUGAUCUCGAAGGAAGUAAGAGGAUGCCGGAAAGCGCACGAGAGAGCACUCUACCACAGCAGCUCGCCUCGAGUGAUGCACCGCCCGCCUCGUUGCCUGACCCGUCCUCCAUCACGUAUGGCGGUCACAGAAGCGAUUCGCCGGAGCACUACGAUAUGCGCCGCAGCGACAGCCCCAUCUCCAUGUAG